AUGAAGACGUCCUGCUUCCUGCUGGUGCUCCUGCUCGCCGUGGCCACGGGGAGCAGGCUCUCGCUGGCCGCCCGCGAGGGCGGCAGCCUGGGCCGCGAGCUCGGCGAGCUCUUCGCCAAGGCCGGCAGCUUCCUCACCUCGGCGGGCCGCGCGGGAGCGGACGGGUGGCACUCCGCCGCGGCGACGACGGAGGUGGACACGUCGGCGACGUCGACCCUGAUGAGGCACGGCCACGGCGCCCAGGCGGGGGCGCGGAAGCGGCUGAAGAAGGCGUCGGUGAACUGCAUCCCGGCGGACAUGUGCCGGAAGAAGAAGGUGCUGUGCGGGAAGCGGUGCUACAGGACGUCGUCGCACGCCGCCGGCGCCGGGGCUGGCGUCGAUCACAUCCCAUCGAACCGGUGCGUCGUGAGGUGCAAGAAGUGCGUGCCCACCUGCUAG